AUGGCGAACAAGAAGUUAGAAGAGUUAACUGCACAGGCUUUGAUGACAUUACAGGAACAUGUGUGCGAUAUUGAAUCACUCAAUCAAUGGAAGAAACAAAUGUUCUAUUUGAUUAAUGAAAUAGGUGAACAGAAAUUGUCUUCCACCGUGCCAAUGAAUCAACAUGAUUCAUCGCUUGAUCCAGUCGAUUGGUCAUCUGCUCGAUUUGUAGAGCAUCAAAUGCUCAAUUCAUGUAUGAACUAUAUUCAACAUGUACGAGACCGUCCUGUAUGGCCAUCAAUGCCAAAUGAUGUUCGUGCAGCAAUUGAAGAUGAAAGUCUUCCUGAAAACGGACAAUCGCUAUCUGCUGUUUGUAACGAUGUAUUAAGUUAUGUUCUACCCUAUGGUAGAGGCAACGUACAUCCUCGAUUUUGGGGAUGGGUUAGUGGCGAAGGAACGCUAGGUGGAGUUCUUGCCGAUAUGAUAGCAGCAACGAUGAACAUGAAUACUUGUGCUUAUACUAAUAGCGCUGCAUUCGUUGAGAGAACUGUCAUUGAAUGGAUGCGCCAAAUAUUUGGCUUUCCGAAAGGCACUAGCGGGGGUCUACUUGUCAGUGAAACAUCGAUUGCUACAGUGAUUAGCAUGGCAACAGCUCGCCAGCGAGCACUAGCUAAUGUCAGAGAAUAUGGACUUACAGAGAGGCCAAAAUUAAUUGUCUAUGCCUCAACAGAAGUACAAAUAUGUGUAAAAAAAGCAUUGGAAUUGUUAGGUAUUGGAUCAAAAUCAAUGCAUCUCAUACCAGCCGAUGAUAGUUUUCGAAUCAAGAUCGAUCACUUAAAAACAGCUAUACAAAGUGAUCGAGAUAGAGGCUUUGUUUCUUUUUGUAUAAUUGGCAAUGCAGGUACGGUGAAUACAGGCGCUUUCGACAAUCUUGAAGAAAUUUCUUUGAUUGCACGUGCUGAAAAUAUUUGGUUUCAUGUUGACGGAGCAUUUGGUAGUUUUGCUAUACUUGAUCCUCAACGUUGUCAUCUUGUUCCCGGUAUUGAUCAAGCAGAUUCGUUGGCAUUUGACUUUCAUAAAUGGUUACAUUGUCCGUAUGAUGCUGGCUGUGUGCUGGUUCGUGAUUAUACCUGUCUCGAAUCGACUUUCUCUACGACUCCACCAUAUCUGAGUAAACCUGAUCAAUACUCUGGAGAUAACAGACAUUGGUUUUUCAAUUUGGGUCUUGAAAUUCCACGUUCAUUUCGGGCAUUGAAGGUCUGGUUUACAGUGAAAGAACAUGGCAUUGUGAAAUUAGGUCAAAAAAUUGCCGACAACUGUGAACAAGCUCAAUAUUUACUAUCGUUAUUAGAAAAACACGAGCACGUUAUUCACAUUAUUCGUCCUGUUUCAUUGAACAUUGUUAACAUUCGGUUUGAACCCAACGAAUUCAAUAAGACCGAUAAUGAAUUGAAUGAUAUGUUCAACAAUCAGCUUCUCGCCGAUAUUCAUGCGUCGGGAAUUGCAUUUCCAUCUUCGACGGUUAUCCAAAAUCGAUUCUAUAUACGCGUGUGUAUCGUUAGUCAUCGAAGUACUCGAGAAGAUUUUGACAUAUUCAUAAAAACUCUUCUAGACUUGUAUCAAUCUCGAGUUCAAGCUUUUUCAAUAGAAAGAAAAUAG